CCCCGGGGUUGGUGCCUUCACGCCUGCACUUUCAUCUGGGUGGCAGUACGAUGUCUUCACUCUUGGAGCCCUUUACCAUCACAGAAGGUCCAUGCCGGGCAUCAAGGCAGGGCGGCCAUGGGGACACCCGAGGAGCUACACGAUCCCUGGCAGCUGCUGCACCGGGAGGGCGGUCAAAGAUCACACACCCGGGGAAAGCCAUUCUGGCAGGUGGAAUUGCUGGAGGUAUUGAGAUCUGCAUCACAUUCCCUACAGAAUAUGUCAAAACCCAACUCCAGCUAGACGAACGAGCCAACCCACCACGGUAUCGGGGAAUAGGACAUUGCGUCAAGUUAACUGUGCAGGAUCACGGUGUCAGAGGCUUGUAUCGAGGGCUGAGCUCCUUACUCUAUGGUUCCAUUCCCAAAUCGGCAGUCAGGUUUGGAAUGUUUGAGUUCCUCAGUAAUUUUGCAAGGUCAGCCAACGGGAAACUGGAUAGCAAGUCUAGUCUUCUGUGUGGCUUGGGAGCAGGUGUUGCAGAAGCCAUCUUGAUCGUCUGCCCAAUGGAAACCAUCAAGGUCAAAUUUAUCCAUGACCAAGCCUCAUCAACACCAAGAUAUCGUGGAUUCUAUCAUGGUGUGCGGGAGAUCAUUCGAGAACAAGGCCUGCGUGGCACAUACCAAGGACUGGCGGCUACUAUCCUGAAACAAGGCUCCAACCAAGCUAUCCGUUUUUUUGUCAUGACCUCUUUGCGUAACUGGUAUUUAGGCGACAAUCCAAACCGAGAAAUCAAUCCAUUUAUCACCGGAGCCUUUGGUGCCACAGCUGGAGCAGCUAGUGUGUUUGGAAAUACACCUUUAGAUGUCAUCAAAACCAGAAUGCAGGGACUGGAGGCACAUAAAUACAAGAGCACUUUGGACUGUGCGUGCCAGAUAUUCCGCAAUGAGGGGCCUCUAGCGUUUUACAAAGGCACCGUCCCACGCUUGGGUAGAGUAUGUUUAGAUGUUGCCAUUGUAUUUGUCAUCUAUGAAGAAGUUGUGAAGGUUCUCAACAGAGUAUGGAAGACCACUUGACUUAAUAUUAUCUACAACUCUCAGAAUUGGGGAAACUUGCCUUUAUAUUUCUAUUUUAUUCAAUUUCCAUCAAAAUGUUUUAUGUGCUCAUAGUUAAAUGUAACUAUCCACAAUCUGCUUUUAAUCUGUCCGUUACUUCUAUGGCUGGAUAAACAUCGACUGUUACUUUUUAACCUUAAUGCAAAAAAGCAAGUUUGCUUUGCCUUGCAGUUUAUUCAUUCAUUCACCCUACCACCUCUCUCAGAUCUGAAACCUGAUUGCUACAAAUAGUUCCUACUAAAUAAUGCUCUCAAAAUACCAGACUUUCAAAUGCUAUAUGGGCAUAUGGUGAGCAAUAAAAGCCAAACAAGUGACUUACCUUGUUUAAUGUAAACAGAAAGAA